AGAGCGAGUUGGGGGGUUUCACCAGACCUCCCCCGUGGGGGCAUAUUCCGCGCGUGGAUUCGCCUCUCCUUCCCUCCGUUAAACGCAAACCCUGCAAAGCAAACAGGAAAAGCCAGCACGCACCCUACGGAUUGGUUUCUCUUGGUCCCCAUCACUGGCGAUUUCAGGAAUCUUUACAGUACAUUUUCCUUUUUCACUUCAUGGUUGUUGGUGUAAAUUGGGAGGAACAUAACUUGAUAGACUGAUAUACCAGCAUCAGGAUCAGGAUCAGUUUAUCGCUUUGUAAGCAUGCAAGACAUUUGACUUCAACAACGACAAUCUUCUAUUGGAAAAAGACUAUGGGCUUUGUGAUAAGUGCAUGACUAGCUUCUGCUGAUGUGAACUGCUAUUGUAUAGUAAAAAAUUGUUUGUAUUUUGUUGGUUGACAAUGUUCAGUCAUCUGGCUCUUGGAAAUUCUGCAAUGUGUGUGAGCUGAUUUUAUGGUAAUUUGUGACUUAGGCCGGCAAAAUGGAUUAGAUUAUUUAGAGUAUAAUAGCACUUCCUUGGAGAAGUGGACCUUGUAGAACUGCCUCAGCUCUCAAAGUAGUAAACGCUUGGAGCUACCAUCAAACUGUUUUUGAUUGAAACAUACUGUCAGUUAUAUGGAGGGCUUGGUGCCUCAUUCAGGCUCAGUGAGGCAGACAUCUAAUCGCAAGUUUUCUUCAAGCAGUUCUCAGAAAGAUCUAUGGUUUAUCUGCAAACAAGGGUCUGUAGUUGAACUCGAUUUAGCUUUGUUAUCACUAAAGAAGAAUGGUGGAAACAUUGAUGCGAGAAAUGUAUUUGGCCUCACUCCUCUUCAUAUAGCAACAUGGAGGAAUCAUGUUCCUAUUGUGAAGAGGCUUCUUGCUGCUGGUGCUGAUCCUGAUUCAAGGGAUGGGGAGUCAGGAUGGAGCAGUCUCCAUAGGGCACUUCAUUUUGGUCAUCUUGCUGUGGCCAGCGUUCUUCUACAAGCCGGUGCAUCUCUCACUUUGGAAGACUCUAAAUGCCGUACUCCUGUUGAUCUUCUUUCUGGACCUGUGUUUCUGGCCACAGGAAAUGCAUCUGAUUCAGUUGCAACAGAAGUCUUCAGUUGGGGUAGUGGGACAAACUAUCAGCUGGGAACAGGCAACGCUCAUAUUCAGAAGUUGCCAUGCAAAGUUGAUGCACUCCAGAGCUCUUGUAUUAAGAUAAUUGCUGCUUCAAAGUUUCAUAGUGUAGCUGUUGGUUCUGAUGGGCAACUUUAUACUUGGGGAUAUGGAAGGGGUGGUCGAUUGGGCCAUCCAGAUUUUGAUGUUCACAGUGGUCAAGCUGCUGUGAUCACGCCUCGGCAGGUGAUAUUGGGCUUGGGUACUCGUCGAGUCAAGAUUGUGGCAGCAGCCAAGCAUCAUACAGUAAUUGCUACAGAGAGUGGAGAGGUUUUUACUUGGGGAUCAAAUAGAGAGGGUCAGCUUGGCUAUACUUCUGUUGAUACACAACCCACACCGAGGAGGGUGAGUUCCCUUAAAGUAAAAGUCAUUGCUGUUGCUGCUGGAAACAAGCACUCUGCUGCAGUUGCUGAGUCUGGUGAAGUUUUUACAUGGGGAUGCAACAAGGAAGGUCAGCUUGGUUAUGGUACCUCCAAUUCAGUCUCAAAUUCCAUACCAAGAAUGGUUGAGUACUUGAAGGGGAAAGUCUUCAGAGGAGUUUCUGCAGCCAAGUAUCAUACAAUAGUUUUAGGAGCUGAUGGUGAGGUAUUUACUUGGGGCCAUCGCCUUGUCACCCCAAAACGUGUUGUUGUUAGCAGAAAUAUUAAAAAAAGUGGAAAUACACCCCUUAAGUUUCAUCGAAUGGAGCGGCUUCAUGUUAUUUCAGUUGCAGCCGGAGUGGUUCAUAGCACAGCCCUUACUGAUGAUGGUGCCCUAUUUUAUUGGGUUUCCUCAGAUCCUGACUUAAGAUGCCAGCAGCUCUAUUCAAUAUGUGGAACGAAUAUCAUUAGCAUUUCAGCAGGUAAGUAUUGGACUGCUGCUGUUACAACAACUGGAGACGUAUAUAUGUGGGAUGGGAAGAAAUAUAAGGAUGGGACUCCAAUUCCUGCUCGCUUACAUGGCAUUAAGCGAGCUACUUCAGUGUGUGUUGGUGAAACUCAUUUGCUGGCUCUUUGUGCUCUUUAUCAUCCUAGUUAUCCUCUCAGAUCAGAGGGCUCUGUUGUUGAACAAUUAUCAGAUGUCAAUGCUGAAGUGGAGGAAUUAGAUUAUGAUAAUUCUUUCAGUGACAUCGAAAUUGAUACCAGCCCUAAGACCAUUAAAAAUGAUGUUGGUAGCAAGGAUAUACCAAGCCUGAAAAGCCUAUGUGAGAAAGCUGCAGCAGAGUUGCUGUUGGAGCCAAGGAAUGCUAUUCAACUAUUGGAAAUCGCUGAUUCUCUAGAGGCUGAUAAUCUUAGAAAGCACUGUGAGGAAUUAGCUAUACACAAUCUUGAUUAUAUUUUCACAGUCUCGGCAUCAGCAAUUGCAAGUGCCUCACCUGAAGUUCUGGCCAAGCUUGAGAAACUUCUCGAUGCAAGAUCUUCGGAACCCUGGAGUUAUCGUCGCCUUCCCACACCAACUGCUACUUUCCCUGCCAUCAUUAACAGUGAUGAGGAGGACAUUGAGAAAGGACAUUUUAGGCUUAGAGAUAAUUCUGACAAUGUACUCACAAAGCAAGAGAGCUCCAGAGUUGACUGUUUUGUGCAAACUGAUUUGAUUACUGACCAAACUGUCUUCAAACAAGUCAGAGCUCUUAAGAAAAAAUUGCAGCAAAUAGAGAUCCUUGAGGCUAAGCAGUUGAAUGGGCAUCAUCUUGAUGACCAACAAAUUGCAAAGAUUCAAACCAGGUCUUCACUCGAAUGUGCACUUAACGAGCUAGGCUUCCCCCUUGAAACAGAAUCUACACUAUUGUCUUCUGGCUUGUCUGAUGGAAAGGGGAAUAAGAAGGCUGAAAUUUCUAGGAAACAAAGGAGGAAACCUAAACAGAAGGCAACACAAUCUGAAGUUUUAUCUGUAAAUAGUGAAAUAUUUGAGGAGCAGAAUUCUGUUAAGGGUUUUCCAGAUAUCAAAACUCUUGAAGUUGCUGAAAAUAUGGAAAACACUGCUGUGGAUGUCAAUGCCAUCACUAGAAGCAUAACCAUGGAAGAUUCCUCUUCUAAAAACGAGAAAGCAAUUUCUUUAUCCCAUACUAAUAAGACUUCCCAUUUAACCACGUCAAAGAAAAAGAACAGGAAAGGUGGCCUGUCGAUGUUUCUGAGUGGUGCUCUUGAUGAUGCCCCCAGACAUGCCCCUCUACCAAUGCCGAAAAAUGAGGGACCAGCGUGGGGUGGUGCUAAAUUUACACACACUUCUCUUCGUGAUAUUCAGAACGAACAGAGCAAAACAAAAGAAAUAAUUCCUAUGAGGUCGAAAGGUAGGUGUGAAGAUCCAACAGAUCCUGCAAAUAGUGGAAAGGUUCGUUUAGGUUCAUUCCUGCCAAACAUAUCAAGCCCAAUAGUUAUAGUCCCAGCAGAAGGAGUUGCUGGACCUGACGGUGAAAAGAGCACACCUCCUUGGUCAUCUUCAGGAACUUCACCUGGUCUGAACCGGCCAUCAUUAAGGGAUAUACAGUUGCAGCAGGAGAAAAGACAGGUGAACAUCUCACACAGCCCUAAAACCAAAAUAUCAGGCUUCUCAGUAUCUUCAAUAGGCUCACCUUCGGAGGCUGGUGGCCCUAAGGACUCGGUUCCAAACCGCUGGUUCAAGCCUGAGACUGACGCUCCAUCAUCCAUCCGCUCGAUCCAGAUUGAAGAGAGGGCAAUGAAGGACCUUAAGCGCUUCUACAGUAGUGUCAAACUGGUGAAACCUCACCAUUAACCAUUGUGAUCAGUAAGAGCUUUUAUGUUCUUCCUUCUUUCUAGGUAGACUUGUAAAUGUGGCUGUACAGAUGCUGUAACUUCUUUUCCUUCACAAUCUAUCCUCAUUUUUAUCAAUUCUGCUGCCUGUAAGUAUUUUUGUAUUUUGGUUUUAGAUUGCACUGGUGCAUGCUUAUUAACAUAUAUGGGUUUUGUAACAACUGGAUCCAGGUGACAAGUAAAUAAAACAGUUGGAGAAUUGCAUUAUCCA